AUGAGAUUCUUAUUAGCUUUAAUGUUAAUCUUUGUAGCAUUUUUUGCUACCAAUGCUGAACAAAUGAACAUCCAACAAGAGAUGAUGUUGGAUCGUAAGCCAAUCAGCAACCUCGUCAAGUGUGACGUCUGCCACUAUGUGGUCAAGGUAGCCGAAGAUUUGCUCCUCAAGAACCACACCACCACCCAAAUCGUCAGCCACUUGGAGACUGCCUGCACUCGUCUUCCACACAAGUGGGCCAAGCCAUGUGCCAAGAUUGUUCACAACCAAGCUGCCUCUAUCGUUAGAAAGUUGGUCCAACACGAAAAGCCAGAACUCGUCUGCAAGCAACUCCACUUUUGCAAGUCUGCCCAUCUCCAAGAACAAGAAGACUAUGACUAUGACUAUGAAAUGGUUGAAGAAUCUGAUGUUGACGAGUAUGACUAUGAAUUCUCUGAAGUAGACGACGAAACCGACUAUGACCAAGUUGAAAUCUCUAACCUCGGUAGAAAGAAAUUCAAGCCAGGCAAAUUAAACCCACUCAAGCCAUUGAAGAAGCUCGAAUGCAAGGUUUGCAAGUCCAUCGUCCACAAGGCUGAAAAGGCUGUCACCAGCGGUAGAACCGAGAGAGAAAUCGAACACCUUUUGGACGGUGAAUGCAACCACUUUGGUAUCCACCCAGCCGUCAAGAUGUGCAAGAAGAUCGUUCACUCUACUCUUGGCAAGAUCAUCCAUGAAAUCAAAAAGAACGCCGACGCUCACCGUGUCUGCAAGGCUGUUCACAUGUGUAAAUAA